AUUUACAGAACAGGAAAUGGAAUUUGGUUUCAGUUUCUAUGAAAUAAACACGUCGCCAUUACACCUCCCUAUACCGGGGAGAGGCUGAUCUGAUUGGCAUCUAAUGUAGAAGAGAAGAGGAAUAAGAGUCGGUCCUCAUCUGAUCGGGGGGUCUCCUAUGAUAGACAAUGGCGUCCAAUGUUCCUGCAGGUGAGAAGCACUUUGUGGAUCAGCACCGGGAGAAGCUCAUCCAGCGGAUCACUAUGAUACCUCCAGUGUUGGACAUUCUACUACAAGAAGGUCUUCUGACUCAGGAACAUUAUGACACGGUGAAGGCUAAGGAGACCCCCCAGGAGAAGAUGAGGGGUCUGUAUCAAUUCAGCAGAGGAUGGAGCUUCACUGACAAGGACAUCUUCUACGGAGCCCUCCAAGCCAGCAACCCCGGGGUCAUGGAACACCUGGAAGGAACAUCAUUAUCAGGAUUACGGAAGAUCGUGGCUGAUGAUCGAAUUCAAGACUUGAGUAUACAAUACAUGACAUCUAUGAAAGAGAGAUAUGGACGUGUCAAAGAACAUAACUCACGUAUUGGGGAAUCUGUUAAUCUAGACAAAAGAUAUACACAGCUCCUGCUGAUAAAGAACUAUCAGAACCAGCAAGAGAGAGAGUUUGGAAUAAGUAGUAUAAGGCCUCUUCAACGAAGAGAUGACAGAUCUUCUGCUGAAGACUCCCCAACCACCAUCCAGGCUCUCUUCGAUCCUGAUAAGGAUGGCUUUACUCCUAAGAUAGUGGUGCUACAAGGACCUGCCGGGAUUGGCAAAACCAUGACUUCCCAGAAGAUCGUACUGGACUGGGCCUCUGGGAAUCUCUUUCAAGACUGUUUUGAUUUUGUGUUUAGUCUGAGCUGUAGAGAACUCAAUAACAUACCCAGAAAAAUAAGCCUUGCGGGACUUCUGUCCAGACUGUGUACAUUGCAAUGUCCGGAGGAGAUGAUGAGGUCAGUUCUGAGUAACCCUAGAAAGUUACUCUUCAUCAUUGAUGGUUUGGAUGAGCUCAGAUGGUCUCUGGAGGAUCCAUCGGAGGUUUGUGAGGAUCCUUUUCAGGAAACCCACCUCAAAGUUAUUUUGAGAAGUUUACUCAACAAACAAGUUCUUUAUGGAUCUUCUGCGAUCGUCACCACAAGACCGUUCGUGCUGAAGGAACUGGAAAACCUCCUCCAACAGUCACGCCAUGUGGAAAUUCUGGGAUUUACAGAAGAAGAUUGUGAGAAAUACGUCUACAAUUUCUUUGAUGAUAAAGAUGUAGCAGAGAAGGUUCUUGGAUUAAUAAAAGAGAAUCGGAUUAUAUUCGCCAUGUGCUCCAUCCCUAUCUCAUGCUGGAUUGUGUGUACUGUGAUGAAACAAGAAAUGAAAAGGGACUUUGAUUUAUCCCGGUGCAGAACAACCACCUCCAUCUACGUCCUCUACCUGAAGGGUCUGAUAAAGUACCACGGGAGGAAGCAACUGGUGCUCACGUGUCUAAGGCGGGUGUGCGCUUUAGCCAAUGAGGGAGUUUUUAGGAAGCAAAUUCUAUUUGAGGAGGCGGAUCUGAGAAGACAUGGACUCUCCAUGACAGAGGUGGAGUCUGUAUUUCUGAAUGAGAGCAUCUUUCACCAGGACAUUGGGGUUAGCACCUCCUACGGCUUCAUUCACCUGACUGUCCAGGAAUUCUUUGCUGCUCUGUAUUACGUGCUGGAAGAGGCACUGGCGGCGGACCAGGAGGUCUCUAGAGCAAAAGAAGUUCUUUCCUCCCCGCAUAUGUAUUUUGGGAAACCUUUCAUUUCAACCUUUCAUGUUCAACCCCAUUUAUCAUUAAUGGUUCAAUUUCUGUACGGCCUCUCAGAUAUUAAUCAGGCGAAGGAAUUGUCCGAAAUUCUGAGCUGUGAUAUUUCAUUCCAAGCCACUCCUGCCAUGAGAAGCUGGCUUGGUUCAUUUUCAUUUGAUGUAGAGUUGACCAAUGACCGGGUUUGCUGCUUGUAUGAGAUGCAGGAUGAGAACGUAGUGAGGAAAGUGAUGUCUGUCAUGGAAUUCUUUAAAGUUAGUUUCUCCCGGGACAUGAACUGUGUUCGGCAACUGGUCUACUUCUUGAAGAACUGCAAACCUUUUCAAAGGAUGCAAUUUUCCUGCGAAAAAAUGGACAGCAAGGAUCUGCAAAUGUUAUUUCCAUUCCUGCAAAAAUGUUCAUUGAUUGAGUUUAAAUGUGACGCCUCCAUAGUAAGUGAAGGUCUCCUGUCUUUGAUGUCAACAAGCAAAUCUCUGAAAAAGCUGGUCCUGUUUCGCCCCUCUCUGGAAGAUUUUGAAGUCUGCGAUUUAUGCGAUGCGCUCAGACGUCCCGGAUGUACACUGGAGAUGGUCAGGUUCUGCUGCAACUUGAACCAGAAGACGUGUGACAAAAUCUACUCUUUACAUGGGAUUCAGACCAAACUGGAUGUGAUGUUUUAUAUUGAAGAUGAGAUGUCGGUAUACGAAGCACAGAGAAAGUUUGAGAGACUCCGCCUCCUAGGACGCGUUUUACAUACCUGCUCCUUGUGGUGCCAGCGACUGAACCAAUUAAUCGGAUAUAAGGUCACAGAUGACGAUGGAGAUGAGGAGAUCUGGAUAUACACUUUGUCACUGACCACCCUACGCCACAAGUGUCUGUCCACCGUACCAGCUUCCCUUGUUCAGUUCCAGCAUGAUCCAAGUUCCCUUGGUCCACCCAUUCAUAGGUGUGAGCUUCCAGUCUGGGUGGAAAACUUAUUCAUACUCAGGUCAUACUUUUCUCCUUGAUGAGGCUACUCACAUUACGGAGGAAGAAAAAAAAUCCUGGACAGCCGCAGGACUAACAAGCAUUACUGGACAGACAGAACCGAUCUUUUCACUAUGGCAGCGGGCUGUGGGCAACUUGCAAAAUGAACUUUCGCCUACGGUGGGCGCUGCUGUAUCCGGAAAAGGUUACAGAUUCCACCACUACAUGAAAAUUGGACAGCAAAUGUCUUCUUUCAAAAAAAGAUGGAGACAUUCCAUGGAACUCACCAAGGAUUACAUAUAGAGCCAGAUUCAGGUAGCUUGGCGUAUCGUUGAGCGGGUGUAGCGCAUCUCAUAUGCGCUACGCCGAUGUAACAUAG